AUGUUUCUUGUCACAUUUUUAACACCAAUUUAUUAUGCAACACAAUUCAGAAAAAAUCAUGUUAGAGAAUUUGUGAGUUCUAUUUUUUCGAAUUUUUUGAAAAAUAUGAAUUUUGCAGCCAGAUGAUACUCUUGGAUUAAUUGUUUCACUUAUAAGAGUUCCGAGUUUCGCUUGUUGUUUCAUUGUUUUGAGUGUAUUUUUUGAAUGUUUGUGAGUUCAUCAUAAAAAUAUUUGGAAACAUUUUGACUUUUUUCAGAAUUAAUACCGUAUUUUAUUCGACAUCUUCAACAGUUAUCAUUUUAAUUUCUUCAAUUCUUUCAUUAAUUUUAUACAUAAUUGGAUAUUCUGUAAUUUUAUUAUAUUUAUUUACCUCGUCUAAUUUAUUGGAUACUUUCAUAAUUAUAUUGUUGUUUUAUAGAGCUGUUAUUAUUUUUUCUUUGCUGGAUUUCAAAUUUUUAUUUGAAAGGUUGAACUGAAUAGUUUGUCUUCGAAUCAAACAUUUUUGCAGAUCGAAUUUGAAAUGUUUUAUUAUUGCUCUUUCAAUAAUAACAUUUAUUUUUAGAUCAACUUUAGUUUAUUUAGGUGAGUAAAGAGAAAGACAGCUGAAAAUGUAUAUUCAAUUUAAAGUUUUCUAUCAAAAUAAUCUAACAAUUAUUUAUCAAAGAUUUUCAAACUUUUUCGAUUUGGUAUUUCUAAUAUUUAUUUUUUUCUUUUAUGUUUCUUUCGUCUGGAAACUUUAUACAAAAAGAUAUUUUCGUAUUUGGAAUCUCCCAGAAUCUUCUUAUCUUUAUGGUGGUAUUCCAUUAUUAGUUUCAAGGGUUAGAAAAAUAUUAUUAUUUUUUGGAAAAAUUUGAAUUUAGGCCAUACUUCUGAUCUCAUGUUAUUUGGAUCCAAAUAAUAUUCAUGGAUAUGAAUUUUUGAAUUACGAUUUUCGUUAUUGUGUUAUUUCAACUGCAAUUGUUCAAACGACAUUUAUUAUAAAUAUAAAAACAUUCAGAUACAUUUAUCUGUAUUUUCGAACUUGGAAUUAUCGGAAUAUUUUCGUUUCAAAAGUAAAAUUUCCAAGCGCUCAAAUUUCUCCAAUUUCUUGA